UAAGAAAUUGCAGGUCCAUUCCCGUCCCUUACUCAAACCUUCUUUCCUUGCUUGACGGAUCUUCAUAUGCCGAUGAAGACAAAAGGGGCAUCAAUCGGAAUCAGCUGCAGCAGAAGCAAGCCGGCAACGGCAAAUGUAACAGCUCAGAUUGUAAUGCUUAAGAUCCCACCUCCCUUUGCUACUCUACCCACGAAAAAAAUUUCGAUGGACGAAUCAAUCAACGAAUGCAGAAGUUACCCAAAGAUUCAGUCACAAGAAAUACUAGAAAGUGCUUCACGUCUCUCUCUCUCUCUUUCUCUCAGUCCCUUUCUAAGCUUCUCUCUGUAAUAGAGGCAAUCACGAGAGAUCACUGAACCGAGAUGCUUUCAAUUCAUUACCUACCCCUCUAUCUUCUCAAUCCUUAUGGAUGGAUGGAGCAUUGGAAAUCACUUCUUCCCAAAACUGCUAACACCUCUCAUGAGAAAGUAAGGAUGUUGAAGGAAGAACUUCCACACCUCUUCUUCUCCCUUUCCUUUUUUUAAUUUUAAAAAUAAUUACCACUUCUUCUGCUCAAAACCCAUAUAGAUUUUCUCUACUUACCUGUUUUUUUUCUGAGAAGCCAUGAAUACCCAUCUUCCACUUCUCUUUCCCUUCAAAACCCAUGGUUCUAGAUCGGCUAGAAAUAAUUCAAUCUCUCGGAGGAGGUGGAGCUCCAAUUAAUUCUCCAGGAGCAUCCCAGGUACUCAAUAGAAGUCCCUCUGGAAAAAUGCCAACUUCUUUUUUCCGGGCACUUCGGCUGAGGAGGGAGAGGAGUAAACCCCUCCCAUCUCUUACCUCAUCAAAGACUCUGACUUCGGAAACAGAAGAAUUGGAAAGAAAAAGAUUUGAUAGUCUGGAAUCAUGGUCCAUGCUAUUGGAUCCCGAAAAUCUGGAGAACUUAGAGACAUCAAAGCAGGACCACGAAGAAUGGACUGCCGAUCUUUCUCAGCUCUUUAUUGGCAACAAAUUUGCUUCCGGUGCUCACAGUCGGAUCUACCGGGGAAUUUACAAACAGAGUGCAGUUGCAGUGAAGAUGGUGAGAAUUCCAACUCAGGAUGAGGAGACCCGGGAUUUGCUUGAGAAGCAGUUCAAGUCUGAAGUUGCCCUGCUUUCUCGUCUUUUCCAUCCCAAUAUUGUGCAGUUCAUUGCAGCUUGGAAAAAGCCUCCUGUAUUCUGCAUCAUCACAGAGUACAUGUCACAAGGAACUCUUAGGAUGUAUCUCAACAAGAAAUUGCCUUACUCACUUUCAACUGAAACAAUUUUGAGAUUAGCUCUUGACAUUUCCAGAGGAAUGGAGUAUCUUCAUUCCCAAGGGGUGAUCCACAGGGACCUCAAAUCCAAUAACUUGCUCCUCAAUGAUGAGAUGAGGGUCAAAGUGGCAGAUUUUGGUACCUCAUGUCUGGAAACACAGUGCCAAGAUUCAAAAGGAAACAUGGGGACUUACCGUUGGAUGGCCCCGGAGAUGAUUAAGGAGAAACCAUAUACCAGGAAAGUAGAUGUCUAUAGCUUCGGCAUCGUUCUUUGGGAACUCACAACUGCUCUGCUUCCAUUUCAAGGAAUGACACCGGUGCAAGCAGCAUUUGCUGUGUCAGAGAAGAAUGAUAGGCCCCCCUUGCCUGGUAGUUGUCAGCCUGCACUAGCAAACCUCAUAAAGCGGUGCUGGUCAUCAAACCCUUCGAAGCGACCAGAUUUCAGCUACAUUGUUGCAGCUUUGGAAAAAUAUGAUGAGUGUGUCAAGGAUGGCCUGCCACUUCCUUCCCAUUCAGGGUUGGUAAGCCAGAAUGUGAUUCUUGAUCGUUUCAGAAGCUGUAUCUCAUCCAUGAACUCUUCCAUAACUGUACAUGCCUGAACUUUUUUCUUCUUUUUUCUUUUAUUUUUUUUGGG